ACGCACACCUCAAACUCUUAACUCUGAAAGGGCUCUAACUCAAACGCUACUUUUAAACCCAAUAGAGGGAGAGAAAAAAAAAACACCAAAACCCACCACCCUUUCACGGCAACCAUGAUAGCUUACUUGGAACACUUCGUGCACGGAAAUGACACAGAAUCGAUGCCAAACGACGACGUCGCAGGCCUCGAAGACACUUUCCAAUUCGGCGACGCCGGCAUAGCCAUUAAAGACUUCGGCGGCAUGAAAUCCGCGAAUCCCUUGGCCGUUAUCAGGCCAUCCGCCGCCGGCGAUGUGGCGCGGGCUGUGAGAGCGGCGGCGAGAACAUCCAACCUGACGGUGGCGGCGAGAGGGAACGGCCACUCCAUCAACGGCCAGGCCAUGGCCGACAAGGGCCUCGUCCUCGACAUGCGCGCCAUGAAGGACCACUUUCAACUCGUCGAUGGCUCACCAUACGUCGACGUUUCGGGAGGGGCAUUAUGGGAAGAAGUGCUUGAAAGCUGCGUUUCGCAGUUCGGCCUCGCACCGAGGUCGUGGACCGAUUAUCUCGGUUUAACGGUGGGAGGAACGCUGUCUAACGCCGGCGUCAGCGGCCAGGCCUUCCGUUACGGCCCGCAAACGUCCAACGUAACAGAAUUGGAGGUUGUUACCGGUAAAGGCGAUACCUUGGUUUGCUCCGAAACUCAAAAUUCGGAGCUUUUCUUUGCAACACUUGGUGGGCUGGGCCAGUUCGGUAUCAUAACCAGAGCCAGGGUCGUGCUUCAACAAGCCCCAGAUAUGGUGAGAUGGAUAAGGGUGGUGUACUCGGAAUUUGAGGACUUCAGUGGCGAUGCUGAGUGGCUAGUGAGUCUCCGAGAAGGUGACGGUUUUGAUUACGUGGAAGGGUUCGUUGUGGUGAACAGUGAUGACCCUUUAAACGGCUGGACCACCGUGCCAAUGGACCCGAACCAAAGGUUCGAACCGGUUCAUGUUCCUCCCACUGCUGGUGCCGUUCUCUAUUGUUUAGAAGCUGCCCUUCACUAUCGAAAAUCAGAUCACCCUUCCGAUGUUGAUAUGGAAGUGGAUAGAUUGCUUGGACGGCUACGAUUCGUCGAGAGUCUCAAGUUCGAGGUGAAUGUGACAUACAUGGAGUUUUUGCUACGUGUAAAGCGUGUGGAGGAGGAUGCAAGAGCCAAUGGCAUCUGGGAUGCACCACACCCAUGGCUGAACCUAUUCGUGUCCAAAUCCAACAUGGCUGAUUUUGAUCGUGAGGUGUUCAAGAAGAUCCUCAAGCAUGGGAUAGGUGGCCCCAUUCUAGUGUACCCACUAUUGCGAAGCAAGUGGGAUAGUCGACACUCGGUAGUGGUGCCGGAUAGCAACAUCUUCUACAUAGUAGCAUUGCUCCGAUUUAUUCCACCACCUCCAAAGGGACCACCAACUGAACUGUUAGUGGCACAAAACAAUGCAAUUAUUCAGUUGUGCUACAACAGAGGAUUUGAUUUUAAGUUAUAUCUUCCUCACUACCAGUCACGUGAGAACUGGAUGCUACACUAUGGAGAUAAGUGGACUAGAUUCGUCGACAGAAAGGCCAAUUUUGAUCCCUUGGCUAUUCUUGCACCUGGACAGAAAAUUUUUUCCAGAAUCCCGCAACCUUUGUCUAUCACAUAAUUAAUUACGUUAAUAGAUUGUUUCUCAACCAUUGUAAUUUUGUCUUCUUCUUUUUUUUGGUGUUUCUGUCCCCAACCACUCCAACCAAUUACUACAACGUUGCAGCCAUAUUGUAAAUGAAUGAAUAUCGUUAGGCCAAAAUUAAUAUGAAUCUUGAUCCUUUGCGUUGGCAAUUAAGGAU